AAGUUUGUCCUCACUUGAAGCAAAAACUGAAUUAGUUUUGUCCGCUUUGACCAAAUCAAGUACUUUGACACGUGAUUCAAUGGAAAAACAUUACCCGGUUUCUGGGUGGAGUUUAACAUACCAAUAGCAGGAAGAUGACUAUUCUAUUUUCUCGGGUAGUUUCUAGGAUUUCGGGGACCCCCAAGAAAACCUUUUUUAACUGCCCUCAACUCUGCCAAGCUCUUGUCUUUGGCACUAGUUGUCGCUCUCCCACUGAUUCUACUCCCAAGGGAGAUGCUGUUUCACAGGACAAGGUGGACCCGUUUUCACUCGUUGCUCAUGAAAUGUCACUGGUUUCAAAGAGGUUGCGUUCAUCUGUAGUUGCUCAGGUCCCGGAGCUUGCCUCAGCUGCUGGAUACUUCUUCAAAGAGGGGGUGGAAGGAAAGAGGACAUGCUCUGCGGUCUUGCUAUUGAUGGCUACAGCUGUGGAUAUACAUAGACCUGAAUCACCUUUUUGCUGCAUUGGAGAUACAUGGACAAUUGAACUGCGUAGAAGACAGCAACUUAUUGCUGAAAUAACCGAGAUGAUCCAUGUGGCUAGCCUUAUUCAUGAUGAUGUCUUGGAUGAUGCAGAUACAAGACGUGGAAUUGGUUCAUUAAGUUUUGUGGUUGGAAAUAAGUUAGCAGUGUUGGCCGGAGAUUUUCUGCUUUUUCGAGCUCUUAGGACCCUUGCUUCCUUGAAAAACACAGAGGUUGUGUCAUUACUAGUAACAGCAAUAGAGAAUCUUGUUACUGGUGAAACUAUGCAAAUGGCAGCCACAAUUGAGCAGCGCUGUAGCAUGGAGUAUUAUAUGCAAAAGACAUACUACAAGACUGCAUCGUUGAUUUCAAACAGCUGCAAGGCUAUUGCCCUUCUGUCUGGCCAAACACCUGGAGUUGCAAAGUUGGCUUUUGAAUAUGGCAAAAAUUUGGGAUUGGCAUAUCAAUUCAUAGAUGAUAUUCUUGAUUUCACAGGCUCAUCAGCUUCCCUUGGAAAGGGUUCUUUAUCUGACAUACGACUGGGGAUCAUAACUGCUCCUAUAUUAUUUGCAACAGAAGAGUUUCCUCAGUUGCAUGCUGUCAUUGAGCAGGGCUUCGACGACCCUGCCAAUGUCGACACCGCUCUCGAGUACCUACGGAAGAGCCGUGGAAUACAAAGGACGAGAGAGCUAGCAACAAAGCAUGCUAGUCUUGCAGCUGCAGCUAUUGAUUCUCUGCCUGAAAGCUGCAGCAUGGAUGUAAGGAAGUCAAGGCAGGCUCUCAUUAAUCUCACUCAAAUACUCACCGCAAGGAAUAAAUGACAGCAGAUUACCAGCUUUCACCAUCGUAUUAUAUUCAAGGGCUCAGUUUUCGUUGUUUCCUUUUUGCAUAAUUAUUUCAUAUCCUUAAUGCUAAAUCAGAAAAAAAGGUUACUAUCAUAAGUAUUGUUUUGUUCUCAAUGCUUGGGAUUUGAGAGGGGAGAGAAUACAAAUUUCUACUCCAAUAAUUACCUUUUCAAAUUAAUUACAAAGCAGAAAACAAAAUGAAUGAUAUUUUUCAAGGUAUUUAUCAGACUUUGACUAUUCU